AUGGCGUCUGAAGACGAGACCGUAUAUUGUGUAUGUCGAAAACCUUACGAUGAAAACGAAUUUAUGAUCGAAUGUGACGUUUGCAAAGACUGGUUUCAUGGAAGUUGUGUUGGUGUUCAAGAGUACCAGGCCAUAGAUAUAGAAAUUUACCAUUGCCCAAAAUGUCAGCAUGUACAUGGACCUCUUGUUUUGAAAAAAAGACGUAAUUGGCACAGACAUGACUAUUCAGAGGAAGAUGUAGAAGAAAAGGCUGUACAAACAGGAACAGUUGUCUUCAUAAAAGAACUCAAAAACAGAACGUUUCCUAGCGCUGAUGAGAUUCCUGUGAUGAGAUGCCAUGGCAGUGAGUUAACUCCAGAGUUCCUCAGACAAAGUGGAUUUCAUGUCCCUAUCAUUGUUGAGAAGAAGGAAGGUCUUGGUUUGGUUGUACCUCCUGCAAAAUUUAGUAUUCAGGAUGUUGAAAAUCUUGUGGGUUCAAUGAGAGAAAUAGAUGUGAUAGAUGUUUCCAAACAGGAGGAUUAUAAAAUGUUAAUGAGAGAAUGGACAGAAUAUUAUAACAGUCCAAACCGGUCCAAAAUCUACAAUGUGAUCAGCUUAGAGUUCUCCAAGACACAGUUGUCAGAGCUAGUGAUACCUCCCACCUUAGUGCGACAACUGAGUUGGGUUUCCAAUGUAUGGCCAGAACAACUGCCGGACGACUGUACAUACACAAAGCCUGCUGUCCAGAAGUACUGUCUGAUGGGUGUAAGGGAAAGCUUCACCGACUUCCACAUUGACUUCGGGGGUACCUCUGUCUGGUACCAUAUUCUUAGAGGAGAGAAAGUUUUCUACUUAAUCCGGCCAUCUCAGGCUAACCUGUCUCUGUAUGAGAGCUGGCUCUCUUCUUCCAAUCAGAGUGAAACCUUCUUUGGUGAUCAGGUUGACACCUGUUACAAGUGUGUGGUGAAACAAGGACAGACACUGUUUAUUCCUACAGGCUGGAUCCAUGCAGUGUUCACGCCCAUUGAUUCGCUAGUAUUUGGAGGAAAUUUCUUGCAUGACCUACACAUACCUCUUCAACUUCAGGUGUAUGAAAUAGAAAAACGUGUGAAGACGCCUGCCAAAUAUCUGUUUCCAAGCUUUGAAACAACAAACUGGUAUGCAGCCAAACACAUUCUGGACUUACUGAAAGACUACGACGAAGACAACAUGAAACCUCCAGUACAUAUCCUGAAUGGAGGAAAGGCAUUAGCGUCACAUCUCAAGUCCUGGACACAGAGAAAAGAUUUGAACAACCUGCAUCUAUUUGUAAAAGAUGCCAAGCAUGAUGUUCCAGAGACAAUACAGUAUGGAAGAUUGUUAAAAGACCUGACAAAGGCAUGGAAAAGAUUUGACAGCCCAACAAAAGGCAGUCCUGUGAAAUUAAAAAUAGAAAAGCAGAAAAUUGAGAAGCCAAAGGUUGAAAAAAAUGUGAAGACUAAAAAGAAGAAAAAAAAUGUGACACCUAAACAGAUGGUAAACCUAGACCUUCUCCACCAACACACACAAGAAAAACUCAUGGAGAUGCAGAAUGAACAGAAAAAGAAUAUCUACGAAUUUCCUGAUGACGAUGAUGAUUCUCUUCCUGGUUCCUUGAAAGUCAGAAUUCCAAAGGCCGGGGCAUACAUAGAUCCUGCCCUCAAACAGGAAAAGAAGGGUUCCCUCAAGUUUGAAAUGGCAGACAUGCCUCUAAAACAGGAGAAUGUACCACCAGACGGGAUAGUUAUAGAGUCACCCUUGGACGCUAAGGCAAUAGCCAAAGGAUUAAAGCUCAAAGUGUCAAAUGGAAAAAUUGUCAGUGACGUAAAGAAGCAUGGGAAAGGUACAAAAGUAGGUGGGAAAUUCCAGCCAUUGGUUGGAGGAGAGGGCGAAGAAGUUGACAGUGAUACAGACAAUCUUGUUGUGGAUGAAAAUCCACAGCGAGGAAAAAAGACAGGAGGGUCAGUUAAAUCAGCAGCUGGAACCGGAUCCAAGUCAGCCUCAACACUAAAGCCAGGGUCACUCAAGCUUAAACUCUCAUUCCUUGGAAAAUCAUCGCAACCAGAGUCUUCUACAAGUCAAGAGAGUAGUCAGGAGUCAGAUGUAACAGCUAGUCAGAGUGACUCCGAAAGUCAAGGGGAAGACCAGACUAACCGUGCCAACUUACCAACGAUACGAGGGGGAUUAAAUGGUAGCAUAGCAGACAUUCUGGAGGCUAGCGGGUAUGGCACAGAGACAGACUUCAAAGUGGAUGAUGACAUCGGGAGAGCUCCUUCACCUAGCAUGAGAGACGCAAUCCAAGGAAUGCUGUCGAUGAGUCAGAUGGGUGGGAUGGAGUUGUUCUCUAAAGGGAAGGGCCGACGAACAAUACGCCUGCAGCAGCGGUCACAGCUAGCAAUGGAAGAGGAAGAAAAACUUGACUCUUGCUACAAAGAUGAAGAAUUUGUUUAUCCAACAUUAGACUUGUCGGAUGAAGAAGCAGAACAGAUCUUCAAAGCUCAAAGUAAAGGCAAUAAAGAUGACACCUGGAAUCCAAAAGCUCGUGUUCAGGUAACAAUACCUAAAGGGGACCGUCCACAUCGUGAGGGAGUGAAGAAGGAGGCGAUGGAGCAAGUCAUGGCAGCCACUGCAGCCAAGCCGGCUGCUUCUCUUAAACCAAGACGCCCCAAAAAGAGGACAAAGUCCGAAAGUUUCUCAGAGGGAGAAGGUCAAGGUACAUCAGCAGGCUUAUCCCUUUCCUCAUCAGCACCAGGUUCAGCAUUCCGUCCAAACUUAUCUUCCCGGCCAGCAAACCCUACACCAGAUAGUCCCACCAAACCAAAAAAGCCUCGGAAGGGACAGGCAACAGCAAAGCAACGACUUGGAAAAAUUCUCAAAAUGCACAAAAUGAAAAUAUUUUGACAUCGGACAUGUUUCUUUCUAGUUAUUGUUGUACAGCCACUUUACUGCCAAUCAGUCACCUAUGCCAAAAUCUCAUAUCAGUUGUCCUAUUUUUCUUAAUUUUAUAAAAAAAAAAAUGGAGAAGAAAAGUGUUAAAAGAUGAUAAUGCCAGAGAAGGUAUGGAAUAUGAUCACGUUUAUUUGGAAACCAUGAAUGCCUUUACUUCAAUUCCAUUCUCAUGAGCAUAAGAUAGAGUGUGAAUGUCAAGUUUUAAGGAUUUGUAAUGAAUUCAAUUCAAAAUGUUUACUUCGAAAUUAUUUUAGUAAUGAAAUUCCAAGGAUGUUGACUUAAAUUUUCCAUUCUACUUCAAAACAAUAUUUCUGUAAAUUCAUGUACCAAGAUGACAUUUUUUAUCCUUUAUUUUUAUUGCAAAUCUAGUCUUAUUUCACUGACAAAUGUGUACAUUUUACCUCAUAUUUAAGCACAGAGAAUAUAUAUACCCCAAUAAAAAUCUGAUAGUUGAUAUGUACAGAUAUCUAUUUCUCCAGUGUAUAGACAUGGUGCCACUCUAGUUUGUUGUAUAUUAUUUACUUUGACAUAUUUCCAGUCAACUGUACAGAAAGGCUUUCAGAUUAAUCGUUCACAAUACCAUGGAAUUUUCUUUACUGAUCUCAAAUGAGUCAUUUUAAAAAUAACUAAGUUUUGGACUGUAGAAGGGGAAUUUUAAGCCUUGAAAACAACAUCUUGAUUGUGGAAAAUAAUUGUUUUAAAAUUAUUGUUAAAGAAUAUACAUGUAUAUGAAUCUAUGUUAUAAAUCUUUAAGUAAGUAGGAGUUAAAGCAGGGAAUGGGUGAUACCUAAGUACCCACAGAAAACGUACAUGGUCAGAUAGAUGACCGCUUAACAUUUCUUCUUCUUGGGGAUUCACAGCUCCAUAAAUAACAAUGGUUAUACUCCGAGUUUAGUCACUUUGGGAAAUCAAACCCAGAUUGUUUUUGUGAAUGGUCAGUGUUGCUGUAUCAUCUCCCAAAUCCUACAUGAAAUUAAGCAAUGAUAAGUUUCGGGAAUACUGGUUUCUCCUUCAUGUUAGAGAAAACAGUAAAAUGCUCCAAAAUACUAUUCUGUUAAAAAAAAAGCAUAACUAUAUUUUUGGUGUAGCCUAAAUUUUAAACUACCAGUAUUAUAUUUGAUACUUCCUAAAAACAUUUUGAUAUUCACAAAUACAUUUGAGGCCAUUCUAAAUUGCAGUUUCUGAUAUAUAGAGUGAUAGGAAUAGUGUUGCUCGGGAAGACAUCAAUAAAGUGCUAUGGGUUGUCACAAAAAAUGCUGGUCUACCCAUUCAUAUAUGAUUAUUUAUAUCUUUUUCUGAUAUUUAAAUUAUGCCGUAGUGUUCUGUGUAUUGGAUAUUCAUAAGAAAACAUGCAGGUGUAAAUUAUUUCAACAGGUACAUCUAUGUGUUUUAAAUUUCAUAUUUUAUUUAAGGUUCAAUUGUUGUUAAAACUAACUAUGCUUAUGUUUUAGAGUAGAUGUAUUGAGAAACAAGAUCCCAGCUCAACUCCAUUUUGCCUGGAAUUGAUUGAAAUCAUCUCAUACCUUAGCUGUGAUAAUGAUGUAUAUGAAAACACAUGAAAUGUACUGUAAAGCAAUAGAACCUAAAAGAGGUGUACGUUGUACCAUACACUUCUCAUAUCAAUUAGACAAGUCUUAUCUUUUCCAUUGAAUUGGUAGAUUGGAAUACAACAUAUUCACUGAUUGAAUAACAAACAAUUCCAAACAAAUAUGUUGUUGAUCUUCUUGCUCUUUAAUAUCCAGUCCAUAACACCAAAGUUUUGCUAUACACUAUUUCUACUAUAAAAGAAUUAAAUAAAUGUAACAGAGGUCAUAAUUUAUUUCAAUGCCUCUGUUAGGAUUUGAACCAAGGACCUCUGGCUUACUAGUCUGAUGCUCAACCGAUUGAGCUUAAAAGAAGUUCUCUCUAGCCAAGCAGUAUAUUGCAGCCAGUAUUUACCAGGGUUAUGUAAAGAUAAACAGUAAUUCAGUGUAGUUUUCGCAGAAAUAUCAUCAUUACAUGCGUUGUUUGAGUGCUGUGUAAUGAAUACUUGUUUUAGAGGUUGUAUGCUGUACACAUGAUGUGUUUGUGUAUAAGAGUAUCAUAAACAAUUGCUCACAUUUCAUCGUUUAUAUCAGAGGCAGCAGUGACGGUUAUUGUCACAUCAUGCAUUGUUUGAAACAGUGUAUGUUCUAGCAUUGUAAGAAAAUUGUAUAUAAAAUUGUAAAUAGGUGAAAUUUGUAUAUUUUUUCUGUGUCAAAAUAGUGUACAGAUUUUGUGAUUGUUUGAAAUCUGAUCAUCAGUUGUA